AUGCAGGCAAGGGCCAAUGAGUUGCGCCAGUUGGAGCAUGCUGAUCCGCUGGAUCCGGCUGUCCAGGAACGAAUCGCUGAGCUUAUUAAGUGA